GCUGCAGUCUUAAAAAGAGGGCGGUUUUUGGUGACUCUGAACCUUGUUUGCUUGUGGGGAAGUUGAGAAUGCCUCACAAGCCUGAUUCAGCGUUCACAAGAGGCUUUUUAGAAACAUGAUAACUCUUUCGCCGGAGGAGUAGAGGCCGACUUUUGUUUCCGCAGGUUCCUCGUCGUGGCGAAUCUGCCGCUGUGACGCGGUGACUGGCCUUUCGGGGCCCACGGCAGGCAGCUUGUGGAAUCUGCUGUGGGAGAAACAGCGUCAGGAUUUCUUGGGCAGUCAUGGCGGCGGCUUCUCCCAACAGCAGGGGCUCUGCGCCUGAGGCGGCGAGUGCUACAGAAGCCCACCUACAGUAUAGCCUUCUUCUGCAAUACCUGGUGGGUGACAAGCGCCAGCCCCGGCUCCUGGAGCCUGGGAGCUUGGGCGGGAUCCCGAGUCCAACCAAGAGUGAAGAACAGAAGAUGAUCGAGAAGGCGAUGGAAAGCUGCGCCUUCAAGGCGGCUCUUGCCUGCGUGGGAGGGUUUGUUUUGGGAGGCGCGUUUGGGGUGUUUACUGCCGGUAUUGAUACCAACGUAGGCUUUGACCCUAAGGAUCCUUACCGUACACCAACUGCGAAAGAAGUCCUUAAAGAUAUGGGGCAGAGAGGAAUGUCCUAUGCCAAGAAUUUUGCCAUUGUGGGUGCCAUGUUUUCCUGUACCGAGUGCUUGGUAGAAUCAUACCGGGGAAAGUCAGAUUGGAAGAACAGCGUCAUUAGUGGCUGCAUCACUGGAGGAGCCAUUGGUUUCAGAGUGGUAGCUGCUGUCACCAGGAUUGACUUUUCAGAAAGGAGACAUCAGGCCUCCUGGCACAGUGUCCGGUGUCUGGCAGGCCACCUCCACAACAAACCUUCCCAUACCCCUCCAUCAUGUGAGUCCAUUUUCCUGGGAGCAGCUGAGGAAGAGCAACUCCUGAUACCAUGGCCCGAUCAUAGCACGUCUUCCAGAAAGCCCUCCUGGAGGACCCCGGCCGCUGGAAUGCUUGUGCCUCUCUGCUUUGCAAUCACACCAAGAGCCCACCUGCCAGGUACCACUUGCACCGUUUCACACGCUCUACCCUUUGGGUCAGGUCCCCUUUUCACUUCGCCGAGUCUCUGGGUGCCUGACAAUGAUGCAUCUCCCAGGAGGCCAGCAGCCUUCAGAAACCAAGUCUAUUUCAGGAUGUCAUUUAAAUACAGAGAAGGAAGGGUGGGGAAUAGAGAGGGACAUGGCACAUUUUCCAGAGAAAUGAUGUUGCCUGAAUGGCUGCGACUAUUUAUAACCCCUGGGAAAUGUGGACUCUGCUAUUUCCUGAUUAAAUUAGUGCUUGGGAUGGAGGAGCAGCUCCUGGGAGGUCGGUGGAAGGGAAUACCUGCUUACUAACAGCUCUAAUCCCAGGAGACAGGUGCCAUCCAUAGGCCGCCUAGAACAGAUACCGAGGGGACAUCAGGUCACCUGGAGGGAGGCAGAGAGGGCUUGCAAAAGGCCAGGCUGACAAGACCAGGUGGUCACCUUUUCAUACAACAGGUGACACCCUCAGGACAGGGCAAGGCAGGGGACAGGCAGGACACAGAAACAGGCCAGGGUCAAAUCAUGGCCCAAGAACUGACUUUUAGGCUGAUGACAGGAGAGCACUAGGUCCCCUGCAGCCAUGCUUGACACUGGGGCCUUGAGUCUUGCUCCCUAGGAGGGGACACAGUCACACUCAACUCUGAGUCCUUCAGAAUGCUUGGCCGUGUUCUUCAAACUUUGCCACAUUCCCCCAAGAGCACAGACUGCCUGACGGUCUCCUGGGAGUGACUUCUGCGACCUCCCCUUCCCACAAACCCUUACAUGGUGUCCUUUAAUCUCUAGUAAGGGACCUGUGGUGGCCCGUCCGUGGGCAGCAAACAGAACUAGCUGCUUCUGGUCUUGGGGCAGAGGCAUGGAACAGCUGUCAGCAGAACUCUGAGAUGUACCCAGGGCUCACCAGAUGACGGGGCCCUUGACAGCAUCAGCAGGGCCUCAAGGGCUUCAGGCCUCUACCUCUUUCCCCUAGCCCUGGAUCCCACCCCUGAUGACCCUUCCCUUAGAGCCCCUAUCACUGCCUCAGAACAGGGGAACUUCGCUCCUGCCUGUCAAAACUGCUGCCAUUCUUCCCUUUUUCUCCCGCUCUGCUCCGCUAGGUCUGAGCCUGCCACCCUGGCCCUCUCCAGGAAGCCAGGUGGACUUUCUUUGAAACCCCGACAUGGUUUCAGAAGUCAAGAGAAAUGAAAUGCUUUUUAACAAGGGCAGUAAAUUCAGUGCACUGAAGCUGUCACCCUAAGAAAAGGCAGACAGGUCUCAACAAACAUCAGCCAGACUAUUAUAGAGUGUUAGAUGGAAGGCAUAGCUAGCCGAAUCCCUGCCACAGGUCAAGCACCAGGGCGUGGGCCCCAGGCUCUGAGCCAGGCAUCGUGUCUAAUAUGGGCACAUUUCCUGUGGCUCCCAAGCCAGGGGCCACGGUGGCGUUCCUGGGGGUGCCCUCCCCAAAGUGCAGUCACACGCUUAGGGCUGGGUCCCCUUGGGAUACCAAACCAGGCUGUCAUUGGGACAUACCAUAGGCGUGAGAGGCACGGCAGGGCGGGCAGUGGGGAGCAGGGAGCUGCCAAGAGCCCGCCUCGCCUCCCUGGAGCAGGGCACUGGAGGAUUCCGUAAACGUGGCUGCUCAGAGAGGGCGGGGCUGCCAGGCCUUCCACCCCAACAACUGGGUCAGAAGAGACUCGGGUCAUGCAUGGUAAAUUGUCACCUCCUCUUCCCAGUAGCCUGGCAGCCCCACCAGAAGGCCAAGCCAGCUCUGCCUCUUUGGCUCACACUCUGCAGAGACAGAUGCAGCAGACACACCCCAGGCUGCCUAGGGGUGCUCUGUAGCCAGUUUGCCCACCUGUCCCCAGGCCAGCCACAGACCAGCUCUACUGGCUCUCGUCUUCUAAGGCACCCAGAUGAGGCUACUUUGCCCUGCUGGCCUCCCCUCCUCAAGAACUGAAGUUCCCCAGACCCACAGAUGGAAGGGGUUUAGCGGCUCUGAACAGGGCUUUUGAUUGAAGCCAGGUUGGCCUCUUAGCACCCAUGGCAACCUGCCUUCCUCAGUGCCCCUGCCAUGGCUCAGCCUCUCUCUGCAUUCCGUGCCGUCAGCCCUUGGCUGGGCACCGCUGCCCUGGAGGGUAAGCAGACAAAACGCAAAUCUAGGCCGCAACUUAAAAGGCCAGGCACGGCUUCCCUGGAGCUGUCCACUGACCACAGCCCUCCUGGCCCCAAGAAAUCUGGACUUUACCCUAGGACCAGCUACAAAUAAACAGCUAGGGACACCAAGGUAGCAAGGGCAGAGGCAGUGUGUCACUUUGGGAUAAGUAGCCAGGGCCAGAGCAGCACAAGGGCAGCCCCCAGCAGGCGCGUUCCCACAGGGAAGGGUUGAUCUUAGAGCGCGCAGUUGAAGCAAGAGGUUUUCUGAGGUUCCAACAAGAAAAUCCAUGUUAGCUCUCUGGGAAGGCCGAGGCCCUCGCAGCCCACCAUCGGCUCACAGGUCUCCCUCCGACCUUGCGGCAGUGUGGUACGAAUUAUAAAGUCCUUCUCUAAGGCUGACUUCAUCUUCCUGCCUGGGCCAGGAGCACUUUCUGGGCACAGUGCCUGUUGCUAGUGAAAAUGGGGCACAAGCAAUCGCACUGCCUAUGCGGUCUGGAGUGGACUCUUCCCCCAGGCUCACAUCUGCUAUGAGUCUGUGUUCACUACAUCAGCAAAAGUAACUGGCGUGCCUGGCACUCUGGGCACACCGCAAGGCUGAUGGACAGGUGCCCCACACCAAGGGAAUAUGGCCCGUCUCCACUACUCAGGACCCCAGAUGACAGAGCAACAGCCAUAGGUGCUGAGUGGGUCCUGGGCCUCCUCCUGGGAGGCCCCACGAGGCAGGUGCACAGUAGACACAAGCCCGUGUGGAGGGUGGGCUGCCCAGGUUUGAAUAUCUCCUCUGCUAAGCCGCUUGCGUGGCCUCAUCUGGGUCAUUCUCUGAGCCUCAGUUUUCUCGUAUGUAAAAUGGUGUGGAUAAUAAUAGCACUUACCUCAUAGGACACCAAGGGCUCAGAAUAAUGCCCGGUGCUCAGUCCACGCUCAAAGCGCAGCAGUAUCCAUCCCCCUGUGUCUGGAUCCAAGCCCAAGCUCUCGUGGCCUACAGGGCCCUGGGCAGUGUGGCUGCUGCCUCUCACCCCAUGUCACCCCACCGUCAUUCUCGGGCUCUGUCUGCCCCUGAGCACACCUGUCUCCAGGCUUUUCCCUUGCUGCUUCCUUUGCCUGGAUAUCAUGACCCCAGAUCUUUCACGGCUGAUCCUUUCUCGCCAUUUAAACCUUAAUUCAAAAAAGUUCUGGCCAGGCACGUGGUGCACAUCUGUAAUCCCAGCCCUUAAAACAUGGAGGCAGGGGAAUCGCUGUGAUUUCUAAGCCAACACUGUGAGUUCAAGACCAGCCUGCACUGCAUCACAAGCCCAAGGAGGGUCCCCUUACCAUCAUGGGCCAAAUGAGGCCCUGGGAUGCAGGAGAUGGGGACAGCAGUGCCCUCCCGUGGGGAUUCCUUCAGGACAGGGAGUGAGAUGGCCGCAUUUGGCAGACCGUGGUGACCCUGGGAGGCUGAGGCAGGACUGUAAAUUCAAACCCAGCAGGUCCCUAUCUCAAAAUACAAAAUGUGUCAGGAAUGGAGCUCAGUGGAAAGGCCCUAAUGGCCCUAGGUUCAAUCCUCAGCACUCUGUGUAUGUCGGGGGGGGGGGGUGCCCUACAUUCCUCACCUCUCUGCUCUCAUGUUUAAUGAAUGGCUAGCUUUGGCACAGGGGCAGCCCUAUGACUUCUCAAGCCCAGACUCCCCUAGCGUCUUUGAGGGUUUAAGGCUUAGGAAUAGGAAUCCUGAGUCAUGGCCAAGACCUCAUAUGACUGGAUUCUAAGAGAUCAUCCUGUUUAGCUCUCCCCCAGAGAACCAGAGAGGUGAGGAGAUUUGCCCAAGAUCACACAGCGAGUUAGAACAACAGACCUAGAUGACAAGUAAAGCCUCUUGACUCCUUCCAGCCUGGACCCCUUCCUCCUCUAGCACCCUGUGGCUCAGGAGUGUGGUCUAGGGCUGCUGCACGGAGACCUCACACAGCACACAGGAGGCAUAUGAGUGGGAAGGGACACUGAAUACCACUGCCCUGAGGGGCUCAACUAAGACCUCGGCACUGGUUGGGGUCAUUGUCCAGGAUGGAGACCAUUUCGGCUUCAGGAGCAAGCCCCAUUCUAAAGACAGUCAAGGAAAUCUCUUUGGGGAUCUGAGUUCCCAGGCUUUGCAGAAAGAGGUUCAGGAGCAGCCUCCAUGGCCCACCUUGGGAGGGGGCAGAAACCACAAUUCCUACUGGGAUCCGUGGCGACACGGGCUUUCUCCUGGGGAUCAGGCAGGCAGUGUCCAGGAGGAGGGGGCUGUGUGUCCCCCUAAGGUGCCAGAACACAAGCACUCCCUCUGCCCCAACAUGAUGUGACCGCCCAAAUGGCCUGCUGACCAGCUCCCAACAAUGUGGGCACAGUGGGGCCAUUCAGCAGAGUCCAGUCUUUCGAGAUCAGCACCUCUUCACUGACACCCAGUGAGUCCCCGGACUAGUACCUGCAGAAAUUCCUGAACUCUUUUCCAGGCUUGAACCUCACUUGUCUUUAGGGAUUACUAUAACAAUGGGCCCAUGCAGCUUUGACUUUUCAGGAAUGACCAUGGCCAGCAGGCUUGGCUCUCGCUGGUCCAGCGCCACUGGAAAGCCAUGGCACUACGCCCAGUAAGGCUGACGGGCCAAGCUGUGUGUGGGAUUGCAGAGAUGGGGAGACCAGUGCCCAUCCAGUCUCCCCUGGUGCCAAGAAACGGUGCUUGACAGGUUUGUUCAGAGCACGGACUCCUACUUCAGGGUCCAAGAGGAACUCCUCUGAAAUAGCUGUUUAUACAAAGGGAAUCAGAGGGGGCUUCAGAACCUUUACCAGAUUUUCAGAGUCAAGGGCUCUUGCUCUGUGGUGUCACACAGCCUUCUGAGGAGCCAGCACAGUGGGCACAGGAGCACUAGGAGCAGCAGAGCACCCAUGCAGCUUUGGUAACCCGGCCUUGCUCUGGGAAGCACCAUACGCAGGAGAGCACACUACACCUGCUUUCUACCUGCCGGCCUCUCACCCUCCUGGCCCACGGAGAGGCCCAGUAUAAAGUGCACUGGUGGCCAAGAUAUCCAGUUCUGAGGGAGGAGCCUGUGUCUACAGAGGAGGAGGAGUCAGUGUAAGGGAGCAGGAUGGGCCUGCAAAUGGGGAAGAGUUCAGGUUUCUUUUGGCAAUGUAGAAGGAGGGGAGCUGGGCACAGCUGUGGGUGGCCAUAGUCGGGACAGACUUCUAUUGGAAAAAGUUUCCAAACAUUUCUGUAUGCCCAGAAUCAGGUAAUGAGGGAACAAGCCAAGACACACCUGUAAUGUGUGUCCGGCACGCUGUGUGCUCAACGGCAGGAACCGGGAAUGAGCGGCUAAGCGAAUCUCUAAUGGGGACGCCUGUUUCAGACUCGGUGCUGUAAAGAAUUCUAGUUAAAUGGCACAUGCCGGAAGGAACUAGGAACUGGCCGGGGGUGGCAGUCAAGCUGACAAAGGGAGCCUCUUCUAUGAGCACCUAAACCUUAAAGUUCCCCAGAUAAGUGACCCAGAUGUGUGGGGGGAUCCCCAUCCUGUCCUUCCUCAGGUCCUCAGGACCUCUGAUCCCCUCUGUGAGCAGGGGAGCGAUGGCCGUCACCAAACAGGUAGACUUUGCCAUACGAGCCCUUGCUUCUGGGAGAAGGGAAUUCUCAGGCCAACAUUGCAACCCCUCAAAACAGAGACAAAGGCACCAGAAGCUGUCCUUCACUCUUUCCCCUGCUCCCCUAGAUUUUGCCAGUUUAGUCCGAGUUCCCACCUCAGUCAUUGUCCAGCUUGGUCAGGUCAGAAGCAGCUUUGCCUUAGCUACAAGGCCACAGAAAGGGUCUUGAAUUCCUCAUCCGACAAAUGCUUCUGUCCCGGCCUCACUUCUGGCCCUCUUGGCCUCUCUAUGGUUCCCACCAGGGACCCCAUUAAAACCUCUGGACGAUAUAGGGUUGAGAAUGAGAUUCCUCUUCAGCCCCUUCCUUCCAAAGUUCAACCUAAACUUUAGAAGCAGGCAGACAGGGAGGGAGGGGGAGGCACUGAGCCUGGACUACUUGAGUGUGAUUUGAGGGGAAAAAAAAAAAAAAGAAAGUAGAAAACGCAAGUUAAAUACGGAGAGUGCUGGCAGAACCCACAAACCCAGAUGCCACGUGUCUCUUCUGCUAAAUGCUUGCACAACAAACCAGCCGCCAAGUCAGGGGCCAGAAUGAGGCUUCAGCUCUAGAACUCUGCUUGCGGACAAGAGCAGUCUUACCCUGUCCCCUGUGUAACCCUCUUCCCCAGGAACUAAAGGCUCCUGGGACCAGAGGCCUCAUGCCAUUUCAAGGGUUCAGUUUUCACACUGGGCCCUUUGCAUCUGAACAGACUCAGGACCGCCACAGGGUCCCCGGGUGAGUCACCCCCAUUCCUCUAGCUUUUCAUAACUAGGGUUAAAUCAGAGCAGCAGGGCCACAGGGGUCUCAGCAUCUACAUCAAAUCCUCAGAGCACAGUUAAUGACUUCUGAGGCAGAGCCUCCGGCCCCCACUCCCUGCCCCACUCACUGCCCCUUCACACCCCUCAGCCUGGCAGUGAGCCCACUGCACCGGAAGAAAUAGGCUCAUGCGGCCGGCUAGGGAAGGAAGGGAAGAGGACAGCAGGCUCGCCUUGCAUGUGCUCCUACCAUGCACAGUGAGACGGCACAGGAGGGUGGCUGUCCUCUGUCACUCACAGCAUCCACAGAGCAUGUGCUAGGGGACUGAGGUACCCACUACACAACACAUCCCAGCACCAGCCAGCUCAGCAGCCCAGUGCCUGGCCAGCUCACUACCCUGGCCCAGAAAGCACCACAAGCCAUGGAACUGUCAGCACCAGAAGCAAACCCAGCUAGAGUUGCUCAAGUGGGCUUCUUGAUUUUUCUACAUGACAGGAGAACAGGAAGUCUGUGCUUUGGAGUUAAAAAUUUUAAUCCCACCUACCAGACACCUUCCCUAAGCAGCAGGUAAACUGGAGGGAUGAUGAGCUUUGAGCUGGUGUUUGCUGCUCUCAGCAGGGCCAGGGAGAGGGGACAGGGAGGGGUGCCUCCAUGCUGGCGGGCACAGACAGCUGCCUCAGCACACAGGGGUUCUGGGAGCAGCCAGGGCCAGCAGGACUCUGCCAACCUGGUCUCCAGGGAGGCUGAAGGUGACACAGGGGCCAAAGCAGGAUAGCUCAAGUUGCCUCCCUGUCUAGUGCUUUCCAGAACUAAUGUUACCUCUAAGGGGUCAAGAAUGCCCCAUUGGCAGGAAACAAAACUAAGCAAGGAGCCAACAUGCCUGCAUCCCUUCCUCUCGGUGGGUACCAGGAGCUUUAUGGUAACUAGCUAAAAGACUGUACACAGAGUGUCCACCUUUGAGCAAGAAGGCUUGCAGCCCCCAUCAAACUGGCCGAGGCCGCCUCCUGCGUCAUUAUCUUGAAGGAUGAACAUGGUCCCGGUCAGCCAGCACUGAUGUCCUGUAAUGUCCUAGGCAGCUGAUUUGGUGUACUGAGUUAUCAGGCACUUACUAUGCUGGGCACUGGGUCUGGCUCUCACUCAGACGCCCAAUGCCAGGGCCCAAAGCCAGCCCCAAGGCAGCCUGCCCAACUGCAGGACAGUCAGCUUCUAUCUCAGACUUUAAGCCCAACUCAGGUCUGGGGCUGCAGGCAGGACCGGCAGUCUGCCCUGGCACAGCUUGGUCCCAGCCGCCUGCUGGGUCAGCAACCCCCUGGCACGCUGACUUGAGUUGCCUGGUGCCCAGGUGGCACCAGGCCAGCAGUAAUCUGGGUGGUCCCUGAAGAGGCAGCCUGCAGCCCCCAAAUUCAGCACAUCAUCACCUUUCUACCACCUGCCCCCUCCCCCUCUGCUGAGAACGAUCCUUCAACUUGCACAGAGAAACCUCACAAGGCAGAUGUCUUGAAGUGCCCCUCAGCAAAGACAAAGCCAGCAACAUCCACAGGGUGGGUGGGGUGGUGGUGGUGGGGUGUCAGGCCUGUGCUGCCUUCUGGGAGGACCAUGAGACUCAGGAACCCCAACCUGGCCUGUUUGGACUCCUUGAGUAUCGACUUAGAAAGCAGCCAGGGCCAGUCCACUUGUGCAGGAGACAACAUCUCCUUUCUGUCCCUGAGACAGGGACAGAAAUAGAGAGGACAGACAGGGUUGGGGACACGGUAGCCACUAGGGUCAAGUUCAAGGCACCUGAAGCAGACCCGCACGCAUAGCCAGCCUGGGUCCUGAACUCCUCGGAGCAGACGGGCUGCCAUAGGCAGAGAGCGUGCCCCAGGAGCCCCAGCCCUCCCCAGCCCCUCUGCAGCCCGACGCCCUCAGACCCCUCCAGUCCCGGCCUAGCACCUUG